AAUUAUGUUGUUCUUUAUGGCAUUUGCAUCUACCUUUUACAUCUUGAUGGCUGAAGACUUGAGGUUUGAAAACUUUCCCAUAGCUGUGUUGAGCACGUUUGUUUCAAUGCUUGGAGAGUUCCAAUACGAUGAUUUAUUCCUGAAAGCUGGUCCUUUCAAGAAUUUUUAUUAUUUGAAACUUUUGAUGCUUUUCAACUUCCUACUUUUUAUGGUGGUCGUUGUAAACAACGUGUUGAUUGGCUUAGCUGUCGGAGAUACCCAAUACGUUAUGAAAAAGGCCAAAGUAGAAAGGCUGAAGCAACAUGUGAGAUAUAUGAUGACGGUCGAAUCAUCAGUUUUUGCUCGGCUGCCGAUCUUUCGUCGAAGGAAAUUCAAAAGUAUGUACACGGAAUAUCCAAACCACAAAAAAUCUUACGCAGAUUAUUUCAAAAGAUUUUUUACGGGAGAAAUGAGCACUUUCUCAAAUGAAGAAAGUGAAGACGAAGUUACUGCUGAUGUCCUUACACGACAGAAACUUGAAGAAAUUUUGAGAUUUAAAUUUGAGGAUUAUCACAAAAAAACGAAAAAAAUGUUUGCUCGGAGACAUUUCAAAAAUUAGAGAGAUGGUUAUUGCAAGUAGGAAAUUUCACCUUAUUUAGAUACCUCGUUGUAAAAGAAAUAUUUUUCAUCUUCCACCAAUUUAUUUCAACAUACAUUUUUCAUUAUUGAAUACAGAUCUUAUCAGAAAUACCUUACAUCUUGAUAAAAGGAGCUCUAGUGCUUAA